ACCUCAGGAAGGACAGGAAAUGACGUUAGAAGCGGAGGAAACCUGUGAAGACGCCGGGAGUGCGAGCCAAUUAGAUUGCGUAUAAUGUAAAGCCAAUCACCGCUCUUGUACCAAACAGCCAAUCAAAGCUUUCGGACGACAAAUCAAAGGCGCGGACACAUGGUUUAAAUGUUUUCAUCCCUGAAUAGAGCAAACUUUAUUGACAAACACUUUGAUUUAGAGACAGAAGUUGUCCUUAGAGAUGUCAAAUUGCCGCAAGGAGCAAAUGACGUCCGCCUUCUUCCAACCUCCGCUGUAUAAGCAAAGAUACCAAUUUGUGAGGACUUAUGUGGACACGUACAAGCCUCAAAAGGUGGCAGAUCUGGGCUGCGGGGAGUGUUCUCUGCUCUGUAGCCUGAAGUUUUGGGACUGUGUUGAGCUGCUUGUGGGCUUGGACAUUGAUGAAGACGUUCUGAGAAGUAAAAUGAACAUCCUGUCCCCUCUUGUGACCCAUUACCUGGAGCCCAGGAAGCGCUCGUUAACUGUAACGCUGUACAAGGGUUCUGUGACUCAGAAGGAUCCGGCAUUACUGGGGUUUGACCUAAUAACCUGUAUUGAACUGAUCGAGCAUCUGCAAGAGGAUGAUCUGGAAAAGCUUCAGGAUGUUAUUUUUGGCUUCCUGGCGCCACGUUCUGUAGUGAUCAGCACCCCUAAUGCUGAGUUUAACCCUCUACUUCCCAACCUCACUUCUUUUAGGCACCCAGAUCAUAAGUUUGAAUGGACGAGGGAACAAUUUCAGAGCUGGGCCACAGCUGUUUCACAGCGCUAUAAUUACUCUGUGGAGUUUAGCGGUGUCGGGAGGCCGCCAGCAGGCUCGGAGGAUGUUGGGUUCUGCUCCCAGAUAGGAGUGUUUACUCGAAAUUACACUGAGUCUGAGGACUUCAUAAACAAGAAAAAGGAAUGUAAAAGUGUUUAUAAAACUGUUUACAACGUGGUGUACCCAAGCCUUGUGGAAGAGAAGUAUCUCCGCCAGGCAGUGUUAAGAUCAGCUCUGUCAGAAGCUUACACCAUGAAGUCAACUCUACUUGAGCGACUCUUUCCAGAAGAAUAUGAACCAGAAGAAAAUUUUACAGAGACACUAAAAGAAUCUGGAAGGACUUUGUUGUGGCCUCCCAAACAAAACACCAUAUCAGAGCCAAAGGAGGAUAAGACUAUAGAACCUUCCUACAAGGAGACAUUGUACACAUCCCUCUUAAAAAACUCUUCCAUGUGCCAAAAGUGAAGGAACUUUGUGGCAGUUUAGAUGUUCUGAGAAAAAUGUUGGAUGGAGAACCCCACAUUUAACCACGACGGAGACGCAAUUUUAUAUCCUCUAGAUUAAAAAAAGCUUCUCUUAUGAUUUUGUAUUUUACAGUUUGCAGUCAGUGUUGUGGAGUCCUCCACUUCUUUCUUGCGUCAAUAUUUUAAAUAUACCUUUUUGUUGUCCAUUUGAUGAGCUAUCAAAUGAUUGAUUGUUUUGUUUUUGUAACAACGCUGUUUUCUGUGCUGUGCAACAAAGCAUGAGUGUUACGGUAAUGGCUUGAUCAAGUCGUUACAUAAAUAAAUGCUUUGUGAAGUUUUUGUUGGCAA